AUGUUUAAGGAGUGAACACUUCCAGGACACUUAACAAUGAAAGGGAAACAUUUUGAAUGGAUCGUAUCAGUCGUUAUCGUUGGACUAAUGAUACAUGGAGUUUUAUCAGAAAAAACUGGAUCAGUUAUCACAGAAGAAACAACCUCAACAGAGACCACUUCAGAGGCUACAGAAGGGGAGGAUACAGAAAUAACAACCCCAAAAGAAACUAAAUCAGAGGCUGCUGAAGGGGAUGAUACAAAUAUUCCUGUGGAUCCUGGGGGAUUACAGUCUGACUCGUUGCCAGGGGCAAUCAAGGGUGCAGAACAGAGUGUUAAAACUGGGGAGGAGUCAGAAGAAAAGAAGUCCAUUACUGAGACAGCAAACAAUGAAGAGGAGAGCAAGCAAAGGUCUAUGGAUAAGGAUGUCCAAGAUUCACCCUCUCCAACAUUACUGAAUGCUGGUUCUGAGGAAACAACUAAAAUAGCCAAUGGAGAUGGACAAAAGAAUGACCAGGAAAACCAAAGAGAAUCAAUCACACAUGUGGCAGAAUCAGCCUCUGUAAAAAGUGAUGACCAGACCGAACCUGAUCCAAAAGAAGCAGAGGAUUUAAAAGUUACACCAACCUCAGAGGACACUCCAGCUGCUCACAUUCCUGAAGUUCCAUUAUCUGAAGUGGUAGACUCUAGCACAGAAAUCAAGGGUUUGGAUACAAACAAAUCUGAUGAGAAGGAUGACCCAGAACCUGUACCUGCUGACCCUGAGUUCCAGACGUUUACCGAGUUCUUUGAGCAGAACAAACAAGCUGAAGAGGAGAAGAAAAAACAAAGCAAGCUGGCAGAUUUGCCAGGUACUGAGGGGCUCCAGAUGAAGCAACAGAAGCGUGUGGUAAAUGUGGCAUCACGGGAGUGUGGGGCCAAGAUCAUCUCUAGUAACCCUGAGGUGGAGAACCCAGCGGGGGUACUGACCUCUAACAAAGAUGACUAUAUGAUCAACCCCUGCAAGGCAGCCAAAAAAUGGUUUGUGAUUGAGCUAUGUGAACCUGCCCGUGUCAAGUCUCUGGAGGUGGCUAGCUUUGAGUUGUUCUCAUCACAGCCGCGGACAUUUCGUGUCCAGUUCAGUGAAGGGUAUCCUACAAAGGACUGGCAGGUGAUGGAACCAUUCAGCGCUAACGAAGCACGAGCAGUACAGGCCUUUACUGUGCCAGAUGACUUCAACGACUACGUUAAGUUUGUCAGGGUAGAAAUGUUGGACCACUUUGGGGAGGAGCAUUUCUGUCCACUUACCAUAUUCAGGGUUUUGGGUGUUCUGGUGGAGUAUGAUGCCUACAUGGGCCAGCAGAUUGAUGACGCCAGUUCAGACAUGGACUCAGGUGAAAAAACUAUCUCUACCUCCUACCUGAUCUGUAAAAUUAGUGUUAGAAACAAUUAG